CUUGGCGCCCUCAUACUUAAAAACAGUCCACCCCAUAGAGAGAAGUGGUUGCAUAUUAUGCCUCGAUGCAAGGACAUAGCACCAGAUUGCUGUCCACCACUGAGAGGAUAAUUCUCUUAACAUGAAAUGCUUUUCAAAGUCUAGGACUGGUGGAGAGGAUUUCCUGCAGAAUAUUCUGACAAAGGAAAACUCUGGGCCUGCUUGCACCCCCCAGCACAGUGCCUUCUAAGUCUGUCGCCAAAGACCUGUCUGCAGGGUCAGUGCGAGCACAAGAUUUGUUGCUUGGACAUGGACAAGUCCAUCUGAAGCCAUGUGCUGGAAAUAGGAAGUUAGCAGUGAUUACAUGAUCUCUGGGGUUGCUUCAGCUCCUAACUUCCAUAGACAAUAAACAAGUAAGGGGAGGCUCCUUUGUUCUAAAUUCCAUACUCCCUCUUUCUGAAGCCAGAAGAACAAAGACAGAUGGGGAAGUCUGUUUUGGCUGUUUUGGGCUUCGCUGGGUGGCAUCAUCUUCCUGAAUCCACCUCAAUCCAGGGUUUUGUCCUAGGUUGAGACCUUCUGCUUUGGGAGAAAGGGUGGAUGGACGCUAACCAAACCAAAAGAGCAAUUUAUGAAGUGACAAUGAACAAUACACCAAGCACUCCCGUCCCUGACCCUGGACUUCCCACCCUGUGGGCUCGGUGCCUCGGAGGAAAGCAGAUGGUCUUUAGAAGGGUGACCAGUUGGUGGGGAGUUGGAAGGAAGGACCAGACUCUGCCGUGGGUGGCUCAGGGAAAAGCUUGAUGCAUCACCUACAGGACAGAGGAACACCUGCCUGCAGGUGGGUGGGGUGAUCCCUUGGUCCGGAACUGCUCCUGGACUUGGAUGGCCAGACCUGCAUUAUCCCCAGAGAGUCCCCAUUCCUCCCUUCCCUAGCUGACCAGGCCUCCUUCAGUCGGACAUUCUUUCUCUAGAUACACUAAUAUCUUCACUCGUUGGGGAUGGUCCAGUCCUGGGCCUCAGUUCUGUGUGGACUGUGAAGUUUUCUUUCCUUUCUUUCCAGCUUGAGUGGAGGUGGAGUGAGCAAUCUCACUGCUCCCGGCUCUCCUGGCCCCUCCCCGGUCCUCCUGAGACCUGAGCUAAGUGGAUAGGGGGUCGGGAGAGUCGUUCCCGGCCAUGGGAUCGUCUAGAGGCCUGGAUCUUCAGGCCGGUGAGAAGGGCUGGUCCAGGAUUGCGAGGCAGCGUCCUCCCGGCGGCGCGGGCAGCGGCAGGCGCCGGGCCAGGAGCCCAGCAGGGGCGUGUCCCCGCGCUCACCUGCCAUUGGGCAGGUGGGGCGGCCGGGCCUCCCGAGGGGCCAUCGUAUAAAGGCGGAGCAGGCGGCCGGGAGCCCAGGCACGUCGCAGGAUGGUGGACAGCGUGUACCGGACCCGCUCCCUGGGGGUGGCGGCUGAAGGGCUCCCGGACCAGUACGCGGACGGGGAGGCAGCGCGCGUGUGGCAGCUCUAUGUCGGGGACACCCGCAGCCGCACGGCCGAGUAUAAGGCCUGGCUGCUCGGGCUGCUGCGCCAGCACGGCUGCCAGAGGGUGCUCGACGUGGCCUGUGGCACCGGGGUGGACUCCAUCAUGCUGGUGGAAGAGGGCUUCAGUGUGACGAGCGUGGAUGCCAGUGACAAGAUGCUGAAGUACGCACUCAAACAGCGCUGGAACCGGCGGCACGAGCCCGCCUUCGACAAGUGGGUCAUCGAAGAAGCCAACUGGAUGACUCUGGACAAAGAUGUGCCCCGGCCUCCAGAGGGUGGCUUUGAUGCUGUCAUCUGCCUUGGAAACAGUUUUGCCCACUUGCCAGACUGCAAAGGGGACCAGAGUGAGCACCGGCUGGCACUGAAGAACAUUGCGAGCAUGGUGCGGUCAGGGGGCCUGCUGAUCAUUGAUCAUCGCAACUAUGACCACAUCCUCAGUACAGGCUGUGCACCCCCAGGGAAGAACAUCUACUAUAAGAGUGACUUGACCAAGGACAUCAAGACAUCAGUGCUGACAGUGAACAAUAAGGCCCACAUGGUGACCCUGGACUACACGGUGCAGGUGCCGGGGGCUGGCCAGGACAGUUCUCCUCGCUUAAGUAAGUUCCGGCUCUCCUACUACCCGCACUGUCUGGCGCCCUUCACGGAGUUGCUCCAAGCAGCCUUCGGGGGCAAGUGCCAGCACAGUGUCCUGGGUGACUUCAAGCCUUACAAGCCGGGCCAGGCCUACAUUCCCUGCUAUUUCAUCCACGUGCUCAAGAGGACGGACUGAGCACGGCCUCAGCUCCCACAACCCUGUCUACUGCUGGGCUGUCUGGGGAGGUGGGGACCGGCUGCCCCACAACCAGCCCAGCCCCUGGUGCAGAUCCUGGGGGUGUGGGCAGGGGCUGACUGCCGCUUCAGGCCAGGGAUUUGGCUUCAGGCCAACGGAGGGGUGGACAAUAUAGUGAGUGCCUUCUUCAGUU